AUGCCUCCUAAAUCAAGUAAAACAGUGCCUGAUGAGGAUGCUGUUGUGACCAUGAGUACAUUGACUCAGUUACUGGAUCAGCAGAAGGAAUUCUACAAAGAAAUGCUACAUAAGCAACAAGACAACUUCAAGAGCUUUAUACAGAUCAUCAUGGAUGGAAAUACAAAAAGACUGGAUGAUGUUAUCAAAGAUGUCCAUGAACUUAAAGCCAGCCUACAGUUCACCCAAGAGGAAAAAGGAGAAACUACAAUUGGGUUAGAAAGCAAGAUUCAACAAAUGCUGUCUGAGAAAUUGGGUCAAGAUGGCUCAAACAUUGAAAUUGAGAAGGCAUAUCGGCUGGGAAUGUUUCAAGGACGAAGGCCAAGAAAGAUUGUUGUCAAGCUUCUCAGGCUCAAAGACUGCCAACGUAUCCUUUCUUCAACAAGAGAGCUGAAGGGAACAAGUAUAUACAUCAACGAAGACUUUUCAGAUGCUGUGCAGCAGAGGAGAAGAGACUUGCUGCCCCAGCUGAAAGCUGCCAGAGAAAGAGGCGAAAGAGUGGACUUAAGAUUAAUGGCAAAUAACACCUCCACAGUUGGAGAGUUUGUGGCGCAGCAGCCCAGGUACCGGGUUAUCAUCGUCCAGGUCCUGGUGAUUGCUUUCUUUCUCAUCAACAUGUCACUGAUUGUGACAUUCUUUAAAAAAAAGUCUUUUCACACGAGCACUCGCUACCUCUUAUUUGCUCUGAUGCUGCUGUCAGACAGCUUCCUGUUAGUCAUGUCUGAUAUUCUGCUGGUUUUAACAGCUUUUGAGGUGGUCAUGCAAGUUUGGUUGUGUAUUAUUGUGUCUAUUGCCGUGUUCCUGUACAAUAUGGUUACGCCGAUCACUCUCACAGCAAUGACCCUGGAGCGAUAUGUGGCGAUCUGCAUGCCCCUGCGUCACGCAGAGCUGUGCUCCACUCGCAGCACGAUGCACUGCAUCCUCAUCAUUCAUGGAAUCAGCUCUAUUCCCUGCAUCGUCAUUCUUUCUAUGUUUUUUGCAUCUGUUUCUCUCAGCAUUUUUAAGCAAAACAUGGUGUGUUCAGUAGAAAUGUUCAUAUUAUACAAGUGGCACAAUGAUCUCAGGUCGGCUCUGGGUCAAUCUUUCUUUUUAAUUAUGUGCAUUGUCAUGUUUUUCUCCUAUUACAAAAUAAUGAGGGUAGCCAAAGCUGCAUCGGGGGAGAAUAAAAAGUCAACAUUAAAAGGCCUGAAAACAGUGAUCCUUCAUGGUUUCCAGCUGCUGCUUUGCCUUUUCCAGCUGUGGUGUUCCUUCAUUGAAACUGCAUCUCUCCAAGUCAGCAUCAGUUUUUUUAUCAGUGUAAGGUAUACUAACUAUAUAGUAUUUACUCUGGCUCCAAGGUGCUUGAGUCCUCUCAUUUAUGGCCUCAGAGAUGAAACCUUUUUUCUUGCUUUAAAAAAGCUUUGGGUGUCUUAA